AAAACACCGUCAAAAACGAGAGCUCCCGUCAAUGACUAAUGUCAGUGACUAGGGUAAAUAUAGCCUGCGACACCUUGCACUUGCAUUAGUGGACCGAGUCAAGAUAGCUUUGCAAGCUCUCCGGAACACCCGUAACCUUUCGCAACCGUUGUCAUAAAGCACAUGCAUUUUACUGUCUUGAGCAGCUGCUACGCUUGUGCAAGUCAGAAUUCUGUGAACUUUUAUCCGAUCCCACCUCGCAUCAAAACUCAGUCUCUUGAAUAUCUAGAUAAUUAGCCAUGACAUCUCAUCCGGAAUGGAACGCAAAAACUACGGGCACUGAAGUCGCCCAGGCGUUUGGAGACGCCAUCAAGGGAAAGAAUGUUGUAAUCACUGGGGUGUCACCAGGGGGCCUCGGGUCGUCCACCGCGCUCGCGGUCGCGUCGCAAGCACCCAAACACCUCAUCCUCGCCUCGCGAACAGUCUCCAAGCUUGAGGAGGUCAUAUCGGACAUCAAGCAGAAGUACCCUGGCGUCAAGACCGUGCCGGUCACCAUCGAUCUGGCCUCGCUGGACUCCAUCCGCGACGCAGCCAAGGAGAUCGAGUCGCUUCUAGCGGGCGACGGACUCAAUGUGCUGGUCAACAACGCCGGCGUCACAGGCAAAUCACGGAAUGCAAUCACCACGCCCGACGGGACGCGGCUGGAUAAACAGUUCUUUGUCAACCACAUCGGCACCUUCCAGCUCACCCACCUCCUGACCCCUCUGCUGCAGAAGGCGGCGGCGGGCUCCCCCAGCGGCGCAACCCGCGUCGUCAACAUCAGCAGCCAAGGCCACUUCGUCUCGCCCAUCCGGUUCUCGGACUACGCUAUAGAAAAAUUCCCAGACGAGGAGGCCAUCCCCGAGGCGGAGCGAGCCAGCCGAGAUAGCAUGCCUCCUUUCUUCUUCAAGGGGAUGGACGAUGAAGGUUUCCCGGGCUUCGUGGCGUACGGGCAGAGCAAAACGGCAAACAUCUUGCACGCGACCGAGCUGAGCCGGAGGCUGAAGGGCAGCGGUAUCGUGGCCUUUUCCGUCCACCCUGGCAUCAUCGAUACGGGAUUGGAUCGCAACCUCGAUGAGGAUUUCACCGACAACUUGAAAGGCAUGGCGCCGGAUCAAGUCAAAACCCUUGACGGGGGCGCCUCGACAACGCUUGUGGCGGCAUUCGACCCGGCGUUGGGGCAGGUUGAUGUUGGCGGCGAUGUGACUGGUUACCUGGCAGACUGCCAGCUGACUGAGCAAGCGGUUCGCGAUUAUGCCAAGGACCCGGCUAUCGCGAAGAGACUAUGGGAAGAGAGUGAAAGAAUGCUACAAAUUAGCAAGUAGGGCGGAUCUCCUUCUGAUCAUUCGAUUCCUAGCGCUGUAGGCAUAACUCUAGCAAGUCGCCAUAGAACAACAUUAAAUUAGUAUAUGAUCUCAGACCGUGGCGGCAUUCUGAAGCCCUGCCUCAACCUCCACACUCGUGCUAUUAGAUUGUUUUUAGGUCACAUUUUAUUGUUCGAAAGGAUUUCACCAUCCGCCGUCGUCGUCUGAGCCAUCAUCUUCGACGUCGCCCAUGUCCUCCGCGUAAUGGUCCACCAUGCCAUUACUGCUGCCGUCAUCUUCCUCACCGCUAUCGUCGUCAGAUGCAAUGUGGUCUGUGGCAUCAUCGGAGCUCUCUGGUCCAUUCGAAUUCGAAGCACCAUCCGAGUCUACUGGAUUUUCGGUUCGAUGAAGACUUAGCCUCUCCGCAAAGGUGAGGUUUCUGCCACGGUCUCCGGUUGCGUCUUCGUCCUCGGAAUCAGAGCCGUCUUCGGUAGCAGAGUCAUCAGGGUGGCUGCUUUGUGACUUGGUAUCUCGUACCGGGGCACCGUCGCUGCCGCUGUCACUUUGUUCGUUUUCGUCCUCAUCUUCGCUGUCAGCAGCAACUACGCGCCGAGAUCUGCGCUGAAUCUUGGCUGGUCGAACGUCUUCGUCCUCGUCCUCCUCGUCAUCUGAGUCAACCACUCGCCUCGACUUCCGCUUGUUGGAGGGACGAACGCUGUCGUCUGC